CGGCGGAUAUUGCUUCAAUGAAAACCGCACACGCGCAGUCUGACAGAUAAACAACAUGGCGGCGUCCGUGCAGCGUUUUACGUCUUCUGGGAGGAUUCUCCUCCAAAGACUGAAGACAAACUCUCUAAACCGGCUCUCAGCCGGAUCACACAGACUGUUGGCCACACAGGCUGCCCAGCAGGUGGCGCUAAAUGUCCCUGAAACCAAGGUGAGCACGCUGGAGAACGGGCUGCGGGUCGCCUCGGAGGACGCGGGACUCACCACAUGCACAGUGGGCCUCUGGAUAGACGCCGGCAGUCGCUAUGAGAACCAGAGGAAUAAUGGCACAGCACAUUUCCUGGAACAUAUGGCAUUUAAGGGCACAAGGAAAAGGUCUCAGUUGGAUCUAGAGCUGGAGAUCGAGAACAUGGGGGCUCACCUGAACGCCUACACGUCCCGGGAGCAGACUGUGUACUACGCCAAAGCUUUCUCCAAGGAUCUUCCACGAGCUGUGGAGAUUCUGGCUGACAUCAUCCAGAACAGUACGCUGGGCGAAGCGGAGAUUGAGAGGGAGCGAGGGGUCAUCCUCCGAGAGAUGCAGGAAGUGGAGACCAACCUGCAGGAAGUGGUCUUCGAUUACCUGCACGCCACAGCCUAUCAGACCACAGCUCUGGGCAGGACCAUUCUGGGCCCCUCUGAGAACAUCAAGACCAUCAACAGAGGAGACCUGGUGGAGUACAUCACCACUCACUACAAAGGCCCCAGAAUAGUGCUGGCUGCUGCCGGAGGUGUUUCACAUGAUGAGCUCAUCGAUUUGGCAAAAUAUCACUUUGGAAAACUUCCUGGUCUACAUCAAGGUGAUGCUCCGCCAGUUCCUCCCUGCCUUUUCACAGGAAGUGAGAUCCGUGUGCGUGAUGACAAGAUGCCCCUGGCUCAUAUUGCCAUCGCUGUGGAGGCAGUGGGCUGGUCUCACCCUGACACUAUCCCCCUCAUGGUGGCAAACACACUCAUCGGAAACUGGGACCGCUCUUUCGGUGGUGGAGUGAAUCUGUCCAGUAAACUGGCCCAAAUGGCCUGUCAGGGAAACCUAUGCCACAGUUUCCAGUCCUUCAACACUUGCUACACCGACACAGGCCUGUGGGGGCUCUACAUGGUGUGUGAGCCCGGCACCAUCAACGACAUGAUGCACUUCACUCAGAUGGAAUGGAUGUCUCUUUGCACGAGCGUGACGGAGAGCGAGGUGGCUCGGGCGAAGAAUCUUCUCAAGACCAACAUGCUGCUGCAUCUCGACGGAUCCACCCCUAUCUGUGAGGACAUCGGCAGACAGAUGUUGUGCUACAGCCGCAGGAUGCCUCUGCAUGAGCUGGAGGCCAGAAUUGAUUCCAUUGAUGCUGACACCAUAAAGGAUGUGUGCACCAAAUACAUCUUCAACAAGGCUCCUGCUAUCGCCGCAGUUGGUCCCAUUGAACAGCUUCCAGACUACAACCAGAUCCGCAGUGGAAUGUACUGGAUGAGAACCUGAUCACCUUUUUAACUGUACAGCAUAAACAUAUAAAGAGAAACCAUAUUUAAGUCUUGUCUUUUUCGUCCUUUAAUUUUUUAUUAUAAAAUAAAGACCAACACAAUAAUGUUAAAAUAA